CAACCAAUUAGCUCAGACAUUUUUGUUCCCCGGUGAUCACCACCACCACAAGCACAAGGAGGCCACCCACACUCUCCCCCCUCCCCUUCCGUCUCUGCUUUGCUUGCUUGCUUGCUGAGCCCCCAAGAUCCCAGUGCCCCGAACACCAGCCUCAUCUCCACCGGCCUUGCUUGCACAAUCAUCCAUGGCAUCCAAGACCACACCCACCAAUUAGAGCAUCGAACCCACUUCUCAGUUCUCACAGGAUUCAUGCACCAACAGCCAUGGCGUCCUAGAGGAGUCAACCAAGAAGUCAAGAACCAUGGCGCCGUAGGGGCAAGGCCCAAGAAAUGGCGAGAACUGUGGGCGGUGGCGGGAUGCAGCGGGGAGCAAGAGGCGGCAGGCGGCGGUGAGCGGAUGGAUGAGGCAGGGGCCGCCUCGACGCCGUCGCCAUCGUCGCCGCCGCCCAUCGUGCAGCUGGGCUACGACCAGGUGCUGUCCGUGCUGCGCCUGCUCCCGCCCGAGGCCGUGCUCUCCUUCGCCGCCACCUGCCGCGCCUUCCGGGCCUGGGCCUCCUCCGAUGCGCUCUGGGAGGCGCUGUGCCGCCGCGACUGGGGAGCCCGCGCCGCCGCCGCGCUGGCCGAGCGGCGGCGCGAGCGCGGCGGCGGUCUCCUGCCGUGGCGGAGGGUCUACGCUGAGGUCGCCAGGCUCGGCGCCCUGUCCGCUCGCCGCGUCCCCGUGAAGGGCGUCUCGCCGCAGCCCCGCGCGUCGCACUCGCUGAACCUCGUCACCGGCUGGCUCGUGCUCUUCGGCGGCGGCUGCGAGGGAGGUCGCCACCUUGAUGAUACUUGGGUGGCAUAUGCUGGAAAUGGAGCUGGAAAUAGAUCACCCACUGUACUUAACUGGCAGCAAUUAGCCUCUGGCACUCCAAGUGGUCGUUUCAGUCAUUCAUGCACUCUAGUCGGUGACGUGUUAGUCUUGUUUGGUGGGAUCACAGAUCACGGGCAGCGUUUGAAUGAUACAUGGAUAGGCCAAAUUAUUUGUGAAGAACCUUGCAAGAUGCGGAUCUCAUGGCGACUGCUGGAAGUGGGCCCGCUUGCACCACCUCCUCGUGGAGCCCAUGCGGCCUGCUGCGUGGAUGAUAAGUUCAUUGUGAUUCAUGCUGGGAUAGGGCUCUAUGGCAGCCGGCUUGGUGAUACAUGGCUUCUUGAUCUCUCCAAUGGUCUCCGAUCUGGCAGUUGGCACCAAAUAGGGAGCACAUGGCCUUUGCCUCCACCUCGUUCUGGUCACUCUUUAACUUGGAUUGGUGGGACACGAAUGGUCCUAUUUGGUGGUAGAGGAUCAGAAUUAGAAGUUCUUAAUGAUGUCUGGCUGUUUGAUAUUAGUGAUCAUUACCCGAAAUGGAAGGAGCUAAAGUAUGAUUUAUCUAGUGCUCUAGGUGAAAUGCCUUUUCCACGGGUUGGACAUUCAGCAGUACUUGUCUUGGGAGCCAAGGUCCUUGUAUAUGGGGGGGAGGACUCACAAAGGCGACGGAAGGAUGACUUUUGGAUCUUAGAUAUACCAGCUCUACUUCAACACGAGUCAGGUUCCAAGAAAAUGACCAAAAAUAUGUGGAAAAAGCUAAGAAUUGAUGGUCAGUGCCCAAAUUACCGGUCCUUCCAUGGGGCAUGUGUAGAUACUUCUGGUUGCUGUGUGUAUAUUUUGGGUGGAAUGGUUGAUGGUCUUGUGCACGCUGCAGAAGCCUUGGGCUUGAGAUUUGAUGGGCAGCUGUAUCAAGUGGAGCUUGCACUGCAUCUUUAGAAUGUCUAUUAUCUGAGAUUUCGUAGGCUUCAUGUUUAGAUCCUAAUAAUGCUGCUAUCUUGUGUAGUUUGUUGCUGUUAAAACAUUUUGCAUGAUAAAUCUGGAUGUCUCCCUGAAAUUGUUGAGAUGAUCAAUAUCACUACCAUGUUGUCACUUCAGUACUUCACUAUCCAGAUUUUGAACAUUGUAAUGAUGCUCCAAGUGGUGUCUGCCUGUCAACUGUGCAUGGGCACAUGCCUGUCACUGAUCUGUGAAAGGAACCAUCCAGUGUAAUUUUGCCAUUAACGACCGACGUCUGUAUGUGGGUUCCAAUUUUCAUUCUUUUGUCAGAUUCAGAUUCAUAUGUUCCAAAGAACAUCUGUCAAUACCAUCUGGAACAGAUUGGUGUUUUGUUACCCGAUGGGAUCUCAUAUGGUCAUGAAAAGAGGGAUAACGUUGUUGUCCAUAAUAAUCCAAGGCGUGAAGAUUGCUCGGGACCAUCUGGAGUUGUUCUUGAUCUUUGCGUCCCAUUCACAAGUUGGCUCAGUGCAGGACCAUGUCUCUAUUCAGCCCUUGGGUUGUCACAUGAAAUGAUCAAUUGAUGGUGUCUGGGUCACACUGGCAGCACUAAAGACCGCAAAUUUCUGCAGUAUCAAUAUGCAGGUUAUUGUCAUGUGCACAUUAAUUCUGCAGUAUGGGACCCAUUGUUGUUUGGAUUAUUUCACCUUGGGGACUAUUUGCAGAAUGAUUGCCCGAUCAUACAUACAUCACAGAGAAAAAUAUGGAGCUUCUGUUCAGAUCCACUUUGUGACAGCAAGAGGGGUCCUGCAAACUUCAGUGCCAGGAUCAUCAUCCACCAUGUAUGCUAUCUUCGGAAGGCUUUGCUCGUGCACCUUUAGUAGGCCUCAGCACAGUUUCUUUGUCGGUGUGAUUCUGUACAUUCUUGAUAGAUUAUAUUUGCUCCUGAUGUUAUCGUGGUGUAGAAUUUAGAAUGGUUUUUUUCGUCAUAAAUUUCUGUUACUGUCUUGACUCACCACUAACGGUGGACUGAUAAUCUUGCUAAAAGCAAUGUAUUCCAGGCACUGAAUUUGGUCUUGGUCUCGAUUAUGGAUGAUAUUGAAUACAAUAGUUUUACUCAA